UGUCCUCAAGUGAUCCGCCUGCCUACACCUCCCAAAGUCCUCGGAUUACAGGCGUGAGCCACUGCACCCGGCCGACCUGGUAAGUUUUAAUCAAGUACUCUGAACUAUGCAACAAACACUAGGAAGUAAUAGAAAAAAAAUUAAUCUAAAAACCCUCUGGAGAGUCAAAGAAUUGCAGAUUUAAAACAGUAUGAAUACUUGGAUUCAUGGUAUUGAAAAAGGACCUCGCAUUUACCAGCAUGUACAAACUGCCUGCCCAACUCUAUCAGAGCAUUUUUCAAGCUGUGCUACAGUUGACUAUGUACUGCCAAAGCUAAUCUAUCCCUGCGGAUCAUAAGCUCUUAAAGACCAGGACUUCAGGAGAACAAGCAAAACUUCAGAGAGAAGGGAGCCACCGAAACAGAGUUCAUAGCAAUGGGUCGGCAGGAGCUGAUGACUGGAGUUGCGCGGUAGCCUUGGGGUCUGGGACAGCGGAGGGCAGAGAAGGCAAAAGGGCCUGCAUGACACGCUACAGGGCUAGGAGCCACAGCUGCGGUGAUUAGUUCAGUUUUGUCUGCUAUACCUGUUACUUAUACACCAUCUCUUGUUCAGAAAGAACUUCAGGUUGAGUAUUUGGACUCCUUGAGCCUUCUGCUGUUUGUCUCCGGGACGUUUAACACUCUUAAAAGGGGAAAACUGUCCAGUUCGAUUUUCCUUCCUGGGGCUUUACAGGUUUUUCAAAAGUUUGAUGAAAGCAUUCACUAAGGAGUGAUUCCACUUUCUUUGGUGGCUGAGAAAUACGCGUCUGAGGGGCAGCAUCAGGUCUUCCCAUCAAGCUGAGGUCGGAGUCUCCCCACCCACGGACCUCACCCUCGCUCUCCCCUCAUAAAUCUGACCUCUAACUGUAACUGCCUUGGCCUCAUUCCGCGGGUGUGGACGCUCCUGCUUGAAACGCAUUUUCCAGCCCGCCAAAUUCUUGGGAGAGUUUCUUCCACUCUCUAAGCGCUGAGAGUUACAAAGUUCAACCUGGCUUUCCAGAUUUUUUUUUCUUCCCAUUACUAACGGAAGAAAUCAAGAAGCGCCGGGCAGAAGGGCCCUGCUCCCUCCAAUAAGAGCCCAGCCCGGGGCCAGAGCAGGAAACGCGGCGGUGGGACGCGUGGUGACAGCCCCUCGCCCCCGGAGACCCUCCCCCCGCCAGGGCAGAGGUCGGUGCGGCAGCUGUGCGACAGCUCCGGGUCCGCGCCUCUCGCUUCCUCCCCCCGGCAAGUGAGAGGAUAAAUCAUGGGGCGGGGUCAGUGCGCCCCCACCAACCGCGCCCCCCGCGCACGGACCCCCACUACACGCGCGUCCCAGGCGGGGUCAACCCAGACGAGCCAUGGGGCGGCGCACAGCCCCACUAGCAGGGCGGCCAGGACCCACGCGCGCGAGUCCUCGCAGCCACCUAUAUAGGUGACAAAACACUCAGGAAGCCGUCAUGCGGGGCCGGGAAAGAGCCCCCACCCAGAGUCAGGGACUCCCUCGUCCAUGGGUCCGCGCAGUCCCCUCGGUGAGUCUGGCGAAGCAGUCUCGCUGCCAGGGAGGGCGGGGAGGGCGGCGGAUUCUCCCACUCGCGGUGACCUGGACCCCGCCCCACGAGUGGGUCCUCGCAGGGCCGCCUCUGCCGCACGCGGGGACCAGCCACGCCGACGGACCGGGUAGAAGCCAGCGCCCGGGUCCAUGCAGUGCCCUCCGCGCAGACGCGGGGAGCCGGGGAGCAGUGGGAACCGGCCUUCAACCGCAGGGCGACCGGGACCCCGCGGGCCCACGAGGUACCGCAGCAGGCGCUAAGCCCCCGGUGCCACCCGAGGCCGAGACAAAGCCCAGGCGCAAGGGCCCGGAUCCCCACCUCGGACCCUGCGGAGCCCAGCUCGGAGCCGCCACGCCCGGGGCAGAGACCCCCGCCAGGUCCAGAGACCCUGUCGCCCAUGGCGCCAUCUCACCUCAGGCCGCCGCCUCGCAGCGCUCGCUCCUCGCCGCGGCGCCUGGGCUGACUGUAGCGCAGCUGAGCAGCCAACAGAGCCACGGCAGCCUCAACAAUGGAGCCCCGGGGCGGGGCCGCCGCGGCCGCUUCAGCCCGUGUUCCCCGCUCAGGAUCCGGCUUGGAUCAAGGAGCUGCAGCUGGCGCGGGGCUGCGGCCGGGAAACACACAGCGCAGGUGCACACGGCCCCGCCCGCCUCCCCGCCCGCCUCCCGCCGCCCCGCCCCCAACGGAGCCGGGCGCCCAGGGCCCGCCCCCCGGCCAAUGGGGAGCGAGCUGCGGGGAGAGGGCGGGGCCUGGGAGAACAAAGGGAGGUUGGGUGGGGCGGCGCUGGGACUGGGCGUGCGGGGUCCCGCGGGAGGACCGGACCCAAGAGCUGGCGGGAUCCUGGCCUCCUAG